GGGAGCGGAGCUGGGCCGGGGGUGGCGGGUCUUUGUGCCCGGGGUCUCUGUGCCUGUCGGCCGGCGCGGCCCUGCCCAGGCCCUUGUCCGUCCGCCCCAGGGGCGGCGGCGGGUCCCGGAGGGUCUUAUCGCCUCCGGGGUGAGCGCGGGGCCGAGCCAGGGACGAGGAGCUGGGUUUCCUGAGGUAGAUGUUUUGGGCCCGGCCCCGCUCUCCAGAGGAAGGUGAUUACUGAAGCCGUCUCUCACAAAGAAGCUCGCCGAGCUCACCUGGCGGAAAGGCCAAUGUGUUUUAAAGGCGGGGCUGGCCUCAAAAUGGGGCUGCUCUUGCUCCAUUUUGAUGUUGGAACAGCAAAUGAACUCCCUCUGAAGCAAAUGUCAUGCCAGUAAAGACGUUGAAGCAGCAAGAAAAUCAUCUCUGUCUCUGAAGACUGAAUUGGAGACCUUUGUGAAUGAGAUGUUCUUAAAAUAGCUCCACAGCAUGUUAUCUUCACUAGAAGGUGGAGAAUUGAAAACACCACCAGAAGCCACUUGAUUUUGUGUCUCUCUUGCUUACUGUUGGACUUCGACAGACCUAAUCUGUGAAGAUAAUUGAAGUUCCUUUGCUCUGAGUGCUCAGCUAAAAGCCUUGCUAAUGGCCCCGUUGCCGAACGCUGAGCUCGUCCAGAGCUCUCUGCAGUUGUACCGGUACCUGCUGCGGUGCUGCAGGCAGCUUCCUGAGGAGAACAUUCGCCAGCACUACAGACAUGCCAUCAGGCAGAGUUUCAAAGUUCAUGCAGAUGAAGACAGUCCCGAGAGAAUCCAGCAGAUCAUUAAGAGAGCCAUCGAAGAUGCUGACUGGGUCAUGAAUAAAUAUAAAAAACAGAAGUAGAAGAGGAAUGAUGAAGACAAGAAUGUCAUUGGUAAACAUCCUUAGAGGACUUGCAGUCAAGCCUAAUAUUAUAUUAUAAUUACUGACUGGAGUUUUCUCUUAGAUAGUACACAUACAAUAAUUUAUAUCUCAUUGGGAUGUCAUGGAGCUAAAUUAAGAUCUCUGAAGCUGUUUGAGUCAGUAGAUUAAAAGGCACAGUCUAGGUUCAGAGUAUUACCUUGUAUAAUCACAAACUUUAGCUUUAAAGCCCAAACUUAUCUAAGACUUGCGUAACACAGAUUGCUUCCAGGAAACCUUACUGAGAAUAAAAUUGUAAUGGUGUACAAGUCCUUACUUACCUUGUACCUUGCUAGUAUCUGAGCAUGAAGUUCUAUGCUGGGAGCCCGCAAGCCUCAGAAAUGCUCACUGAGGCUCAGAGCAAAUUUCUCUUCUCAGACACAAAAGCCUGGGCUGCUGAGGGACGUUCCCUCUGGGACCUGAACCUUGGAAUCCUCCACGUGUCUGUCCCUGCUUCCAGCACGUCUUCGUUCUGCUCUGCAGGUUUGCACUUCAACUAGUGGUGGCUUUUCUUCUGUACAGAUUGGUGCCUGUCACCCUAAUCUCUGAACCCCCCUGCAAACAGACGCCGUUCAGAGGGGGUCUGGGCACUGAGUGGUGCAAUCACUGGGACGUGUGAUGUUGUACAGAUAUAACGGCCUUCACAGCAUUUUGCAGCAUGUAAUAAAUGUCCUUUAAAAA